AUGAAGAAGGAAGCAGAAAAGUGGAGGGAGAAUUCGAAGAAGCAGAGCAGGCAUUUCAAGCAUGUUUUUGCAGGAUUAGAAGGAAAGUCAAACCCGGUGUCACCUGCUCAGAAGAAAACCAGUAGCGAAGAGAGACGAAGAGGUAUCCAGUUGGCACUUGCAGUACCAAAGGAAAAAGAUGAAAACAAGCGAAGUCUCACAGUGUAUACGAGAAGGCACACCCAAAGACAACCUUCUUUGUCAAGAGAAAAGAAGAAAUCGCUCACUCUCUAUGAAAAUGCUUGUGAUCUCAUAAAAACGAGCGAAGAUGGUUUACAAAUUGAUCCUCCAGCUGCUAUCUUAAACAAUAUCGGAGCCUUGCACAUGACUUUGGAAAAUUAUGAAAGGGCGAAGGAGUACUUCGAAGCAGCGGAAGCUAAGCUCCAAGAAGAUUUGGAGGGAGAUCUGUGCGAUUCGAAACUUUCUUCCUAUGUCAUCACUAUGAGAUACAACCUCGCUAGAUGUUUGGAACACUUGUGCUUGUUCGAAGACGCUGAAGUUUUAUACAAAGGCAUUUUGAGAGAACAAGAAAAUCACGGAUUGUAA